UAUUAUUUAAAGACAUCCGAAAUUCAUGUAUCUUUCUUCCAAUAAAUGCGGGGUAAUAAAUUACUAGGGUAAAAUUAAUGAAUGAAGAUAUUAGACCUGAUUUUUGGUUGCUUUCUGUGUAAACGCAACAAAGCCAAUCUUAGACCACGAAAAAUUGAAGAAGAAAUACCCUACUUGAAACAUUUGGAUGGAUUAAAAGCAUCGUUCGAGGAAAAUCGUCUGAAGUUGCGUCCUUCGGUUAGAAUGGAUGAUCAAAUGUUCGAAAAGAUAUGUGUAUUGGGCAAAGGAUGUUUCGGAAAAGUAUAUCUGGUGCAACAUCGUCAAAAUAAAACAUACCACGCAAUGAAGGUUGUGUCUAAGGCUUACGUUAUAGCUGUGUCUCAUACUCACAGACUAAUGAUUGAAAAAACAAUACUCGCGUGUAUGAAAUACCCUUUUAUCAUUAACUUAAAUUGGUCCUUUAAAGAUGAUGCUUGCUUGUAUUUUGUCACUCCAUUUUUAAUUGGAGGCGACUUGUUUUCGUGCAUUAACAGACAUAUCCGAUUUCAGGAAGAUUUAGCCAGAUUCUACGCCGCCCAAAUAUUGUUAGCCUUAGAGUUCAUGCAUCAUUGUUGUUAUGUAUACAGAGACUUAAAACCGGAGAAUAUUCUCAUCGAUGCGACUGGGUACCUCAAAUUAAUUGACAUGGGCUAUUGCAAAUAUAUCACUGGUAGGACGUACACGUUUUGCGGUACCCCGGAUUACAUGGCGCCAGAAAUCAUCAAUUUUCUUGCAUACGGAAAGGCGGUCGAUUGGUGGUCGUACGGAGUGCUUAUCUUUGAAAUGUGCGCGGGUCAUCCUCCGUUUACCGGCAAUAACAUUUUGCGGACGUACGAGAACAUCGUCAGAGGAAAAUACAAGUUUCCGUUUUACUUCAGCAACGAAAUGAAGAACCUGAUUAGUAACCUGCUGCAACGAGAUUUAUCCAAGAGAUUGGGAAACUUAGUUAACGGAGCGAGGGACAUAAAAAGAACCGCCUUUCAUACCUGAAUUCGAGUCGCCAAGCGAUACCCACCACUUUGUAACUUACACAGACAGUAGAACAAAUGUUCCGGGUAAUAAGGUUUAUGAACAUUAUUUCAAAGAUUUUUGAUGAAAAUUUAUGCAUUUGAUGAAGGUGUUGUAAUAAAAUAUAUUUUAAGAGGACGUGUAGUCUUUAAAAUCAAGAAAUACAAAACAUUUUAGUGAAA